UGCGUGAGCAGGCGGGGCCACAAAGGGGUGGAGUCACGCAUGCGUAGAUGGGCGUGGUCCCGCGCCUGCGCAGUGAGCGGCCGGCCGGGCCGCCGGGAGCUGGGCCGCCCGACCCGCCGUGACCCGGCCGGCUCCAUCGUUUCCCAUCUCUCCAGGAUGCGAGAGGUUCGGGUUCGGCUUUUCCCCUCUCCCCGUAGCUGAUAGUUUGGGAACGCUGAGGUGAUGCUGGAGGCGAGAUGGCGGACAGCGUGAAAACCUUCCUGCACGACCUCGUCAGGGGAAUCAAGGAUUCCGUCUGGGGCAUCUGCACCAUCUCGAAACUGGACGCGCGGAUCCAGCAGAAGAGGGAAGAGCAGCGGCGGCGGCGAGCGAACAGCGCGCUCGCCCAGCGCAGGUUUCACCUGGAAGAGCGCAAGCAAGAAAACGAACCCCGGAUAGUGAGCCGGAUAUUUCAGUGCUGUGCCUGGAACGGAGGCGUGUUUUGGCUUAGUCUCUUCUUGUUUUACCGCGUAUUUAUCCCCGUUCUCCAGUCGGUGACGGCACAGAUCAUUGGUGACCCAUCCCUGCACGGCGACGUCUGGGCCUGGCUGGAAUUCCUCCUCACCUCCAUCUUCAGCGCGCUCUGGGUCCUGCCGCUCUUCGUGCUCAGCAAAGUCGUCAAUGCCAUCUGGUUCCAGGACAUUGCAGAUCUAGCGUUCGAAGUCUCGGGCAGGAAGCCUCACCCCUUCCCCAGCGUCAGCAAGAUCAUCGCCGACAUGCUGUUCAACCUCCUCCUGCAGGCGCUUUUCCUCAUCCAGGGGAUGAUCGUCAGCCUGUUCCCCAUCGACGUGGUGGGGCAGCUCAUCAGCCUCCUGCACAUGUCGCUGCUCUACUCGCUCUACUGCUUCGAGUACCGCUGGUUCAACAAAGGCCUGGAGAUGCACCAGCGCUUGUCCAACAUCGAGAGGAACUGGCCCUACUACUUCGGGUUCGGGCUGCCGCUGGCGUUCCUCACCGCCACGCAGUCCUCCUACAUCGUCAGCGGUUGCCUCUUCUCCAUCCUCUUCCCCCUCUUCAUCAUCAGCGCCAACGAAGCCAGAACCCCCGGCAAAACCUACCACUUCCAGCUCCGUCUCUUCUCCUUGGUGGUUUUCCUGAGCAACCGGCUCUUCCACAAAACUGUUUACCUGCAGUCGGCCCUGGGCGCUGCUUCCUCCUCCUCCUCCUCCUCCUCCCCUGCCAAACACACCUGAGCAGCGACCAAACCCCGGGUGAAAUUUGGGGAGAAAACCCGGAUUUUUAACACCUCGCGCGUGUUUUAUAGCGUCCCCCGACUCAGGUGUGGGGGGGUGUAUUUUUGGGGAGUUCUUGCCACAGUUUCCCCUCCCUGUGCAUGUGGGGUCAGGGGGGGUAACCGGUGACUUUAAAACAACACAAAAAAACCCUUUUAUUGUUUUUUUUGGGGGGGAGGGGGGCGGGUUUAUCAACUUUUCUCUAGGAUUUUCACACUGAAAAACAUUAAAGGAGCAAUCACGGUUUGCA